GCUUUGGGGUCAGGUAGUAUCAACAAUGACGCUACCGAUGAAUGGUUUCAAAUAUUUCUGCUUUUAAUUUCGGGCUGAUUUUCCUGCGUAUGAAAUUGUACAUGGCAGCCCACUAAAACUAUUACCAAGAGAGUGCGAAGUGAGGAACCUAGUCAUUUCAGUCUACAGCCGAUUAAUAAAUCUUGAAUCCAAGCCAAAUUGUCCUACAUGGGUCCCAGCCGAGCCUGCAUGUGAAGCCAAGGGGUCUAAAUCCGGAGACCUGGAGAGAGUGUUGAAAUGCCAAGAAUGAACGGCAGUCCAGAGCCAAGAUUGUCUGCAUUGCCGAGAUCUUGGAGUUGACCCAAAGUUCGUCCCCGUAGUCAAGGAGAGGUCAGGCAACAAUGAGUUGGGGUCGUUGGAUAAUUCACAGCGCCUUGUUAAUUUGCGCUUCAUUGAUAAGUUUCUCUCACACCCAAUCAACCGAAAAGUUCAUCGACAUCGAUGCGUACAUCAAAUACAAUGACAUCAUAGACACAUCCACCAAUCAGCUUCGAGGGGCGGAGUCUGUUCUAGAAUUCCAAUUCCGUUAUUGCAACGACCAUGGCAUGCUGAUCUACCAAGAUGGCGGAUCAGGCCCGCAGCAGCAGACGUUAUUCUUUGCGUUGGGUAUCAGCGGCGGCAAGAUCUAUUUGGAAUGGAAGGUGACCGCUGGCUCUCUCAUUGAGGUGUAUAUAGGAGACGGCUCCCUCAGUCCCAACACCACCUACACUGUAGUCAUCUUCAACCUAGGCUCCCCCCAGGCAACUAGCGCCACAAUCAAUGGCAUGCCAAGCAGCGUGGAGUAUCUCACUCCAAUCUCACAAGGACAACUGAACAUUUCUCAACUCAUGGGGGCGGUGUUCGUAGGAGGCUAUGCAGACGUCAAUGAUCUGAGAGUAAACACGGAGAGGCUAAAUGGCUACCUAGUCACAUGUGUUGACUACAUCAGAACAAGUGAAAACACUCUGAACUUUGACCUUGCUGAUGACCUCCACGGGGUCAAAGAUGGUUGCCCCGCCCCUGUGGACUUCUGUGCCCCGCCCACUGUCGUCACAGUCCAGAGCAGUGAUGGAUUCUUGACUAUUGAGCACCCGUUGACCCCAGGAACCAGGACUAUCCUGAGUCUGCGGUUCCGUACAAAAGCUUCCAGCGGCAUGCUGUUUUAUUUUGGAGGCCCGGCCUACCUGACUGUCUACAUGGAUCAAGGAAGACUAGUCCUCGGGCUCAACACUAGGGGUACCGGAGAUGGGAUGUUUGCCACCACACCAUCCAGUGGCCAGCGUUACAAUGACGGAGAUUGGAAGUACAUACGGGUUACCAGGGAAGGUCCGGAUGCGACUAUGUACGAUGAGCAGGGGCGCCAGCUAGCAUCGGUCACCUAUCCUGGUGCAGCACAGACCCUAAACGCUGCGUCCCUCAUGAUAGGAGGUGUGGACGACCUUACGACCCUGCCUAACCCAUUCCCGACCCCGGCCAUGACCUCUCUCAGGGGUUGCUUCGAGGGGCUUCGAUUCAUCUCAUACAGCAUCACGCCCGAACCACCAGAACUCAUCAAUUUCAAGACACAAGGAAGGGCUGAAAGGAAUAUCAGUCACGAUGGUUGUUUCCCAUCUGAAGUCUGUGAGCCUCUCUGCUUGUCACCUUCCCAGAGUUGUGACUUUGACUGCUACUGCGCCCCCGGGUUUAGUCUGGUCACCCAGACUCCCCUAACCUGCCUGAAUAUCGAUGAUUGCAGUCCCGAUCCCUGCCUGAAUGGAGCCACAUGUGAAGACGGGAUACUAGACUACACCUGUCACUGUACUAUCGAGUUCAAUAAAGGCAAGAACUGUUCCAUUGCAAACAACUGCAUUCCCAGCCAGUGUCAGAACGGGGCCCAGUGCAUCGAUUUCCUCGGUGACUUCAACUGCACAUGUGCAGACGGCUACGAGGGCGACCUCUGUGAGGUUGAAAUCAACGAGUGUCUGAGUAACCCAUGCGUGAAUGCUGUAGGAUGCACGGACAAGGUGGCCGCUUACGAGUGUGUCUGUCUACUAGGCUACAAUGGUACCAACUGUGAGAUUGACCUAGAUGAAUGCGAGUCUGGUCCCUGCCUCAACGAUGCUACAUGCACAGAUGCAGUCAAUCAUUAUGACUGUCUCUGUGCACCAGGCUGGGAAGGUCCUCUGUGUGGAAUGAACAUCAAUGAAUGUCUCUCCACUCCCUGCGCUAACGGCGGCACCUGUCUCGACGCCGUUAACGGUUACACCUGUACCUGCGCCCCGGGGUGGGAAGGCGUACACUGCCAGCAGGAUAUCGACGAAUGUGCCCUAGGGUUAUGCCAGAACGGGGCUGCCUGUACCGACGGGAUCAACCAGUAUACAUGCUUCUGUAUGGCUGGAUGGACCGGACUGAAUUGUGAGGUGGAUGUCGAUGAAUGCGUGUCUAGUCCGUGUCGGAACCAAGGAGCGUGUGUCGAUGGGGUCAAUGGGUAUACAUGCCAAUGUGCCGCAGGGUUUGAAGGCACCCAUUGUGAGAUCAACAUAGAUGAAUGUGCUUCCUCACCGUGUAUGAAUGGCGGACAGUGUCAAGAUGGUAGUAACUCCUUCCUUUGCAUGUGUCCCUCAGCCUGGGAGGGCCCACUAUGCAGGACUGAAGUCAAUGAGUGUCUCAGUAACCCUUGUAUCAAUGGAGGUCAGUGUUCCGAUCGGUUAGGGGCGUUUGUCUGCACGUGCCCAGUAGGCUUCGAAGGUCCAAGAUGCGAAGUCAAUAUGGACGAUUGUCAGAGCCAACCAUGUGUGAACGGUGGUGUGUGCGUGGAUGGGGUCAACCGUUACCAGUGUAACUGUAGAGGCGGGUAUACCGGUUUGACGUGUGAUGUUGAGGUUGACGAAUGCGCGUCGACGCCGUGCGCGAACGGCGGGACUUGUACGAACCAGAUCAACGCAUUUAGUUGUCUGUGUGUCGCCGGUUAUGAGGGGCAGCGUUGCCAAUCAGAGAUUAACGAAUGCCUGUCGCAGCCGUGUCUGAACGGAGGUCAGUGCACGGACCGUUUCAAUGGCUACGACUGCACAUGUGCAGUAGGGUACGAGGGACCCCGCUGUCAGAACGAAAUCAACGAUUGCCUGCCGACGAACAACUGCCAGAACAACGCUCAGUGCCUCGACGGAUUCAACUCUUACACCUGCGCGUGCACUCCGGGGUGGACUGGCAACUUCUGCAACGUCAACAUGAAUGAGUGCAUCUCGUUGCCAUGCCAACACGGGGGACUGUGCGUGGAUUUGGUGAACGCGUUCCGCUGCGAUUGUCCGAGCAACUUCCAAGGAGUGGUUUGUGAGCUGGACGUCAAUGAAUGUCUGUCGCAACCUAGUCAGUGUCAUCCUACGCAGACGCAGUUAUGUGAGAACACGUAUGGAGACUACAUCUGCCGAUGUUUUCCAGGUUUUGCUGGCAAAACCUGCGAUCAGAACAUCAACGAGUGCCUAAGCCAGCCCUGCUUCUUCGGAGGAACCUGUCAAGAUCUAGCCAACGGCUACGUCUGUCAGUGUCCGGAAGGCUUCCUCGGUGUUCACUGUGAGGCGAUCGUUAGAGAGUGUAACUUCAACCCGUGCGGUGUCCACUCAGUCUGUGUGGAAAAUCCCACAGGUGGCCACACCUGUUACUGCACCCCCGGUUACCACGGCGACGCGUGUCAGUUUGAGGUCUUGGAGUGCGGUUCCAAUCCCUGUCAGAACGGAGGAUUGUGUGGAGAUUACGUCAACGGUUACGUCUGCACGUGCUUGCCAGGAUUUGAGGGAGCAAAUUGCGAGGUAGACAUAAACGAGUGUGCCAGCAACCCGUGUGGCAAUAACGGUUACUGUCGACAAACGCAGCUGAACAUGUACGAGUGUAUCUGCCAGCCUGGUUACACCGGAACCCACUGUCAGAAUGACGUCAAUGAAUGUGAGCUAUAUCAGCCCUGCCAAGCACAUGAAAUAUGCGUGGAUCUUGUCAAUGGAUUCAGGUGUGAGUGCCCAGCAGGUAUGGAAGGCACGCUCUGCAACCUCCCCAUUGACAGUUGCCUGAGCGCACCUUGCAUGAACGGUGCCAUGUGCGUCGAUGGCGACUUCCUAUAUACCUGCCUGUGUGGGCCCGGUUACCAGGGAAUCAACUGUGAGAUAGACAUUGACGUGUGUGACCCUCCGCCUUGCUUCCAUGGUGGCACGUGUAGCAGGGUACCGAGCGCUACGCUGCCGUUCACAUGCACCUGUGCUGAUGGCUUCACUGGUGUACAGUGUGAAGGUGACAUCUAUGACUGUCGUUCGGAUCCAUGUCAACACGAUGGCACCUGUGUGGAAUACACAGAUGGGACUAACGGCUACAGGUGUCAGUGUACCGCUGAGUACAUCGGGAGUUUGUGUGAGAUCUUCAGGGAAGGUUGUCUGUCCGGUCCGUGUAUGAACCAAGGAACCUGUGAGAAUACUGACCAAGGUUUUGUAUGCCAUUGUCCGGAGGGAUGGUCUGGUACCCAAUGUCAGCAAGAUACCAACGAGUGUCUGAGCGGUCCCUGUCUAAAUGGCGCCCUCUGUGUCAACAGCCCGCCAGGCUCGUUCCAGUGUUUGUGUCUUGAGCCGUACUGGACGGGAGUGUUGUGUGAGAUUGACGUCUUGGAAUGCCAGGUUAUGCCGCCACCGUGUAGGAAUGGAGGAGUCUGUAUUGAACAGGCCGGUGCCGACCCACAAUGCAACUGUUCUGUAGGCUUUGAAGGUCCACGCUGCGAGACUCUGAUCAACGAGUGCGUCUCCUCGCCGUGUCAGAACGGAGCUCAGUGUCAAGAUAUCGUCGCUGGGUAUCUCUGUGCGUGCACACCGGGGUACCAAGGUGACCAUUGCCAGUCUGAAAUCAACGAAUGCGUCUCGACUCCGUGCCAGAACAACGCGACUUGUAACGACCUCAUCAAUGAUUACAACUGCACAUGUGCAGAGGGUUACAACGGCACGCAUUGCGAGUUCAACACAGACGAGUGUAGGUCCAAUCCAUGCAUGAAUAAUGCAACAUGUGAAGAUCUGGUGGAUGAAUAUGUAUGCAUGUGCGCACCAGGAUUUUCAGGAAUACAUUGUGAGACCGAAGAAGACGAAUGUUCAUCCAAUCCCUGUUUGAAUGGUGGAAGUUGUGUAGAUCUCAUCAACGCAUACGAAUGCUUCUGCCCGGCUGGUUAUACAGGCAUUGCUUGCGAGUUUGACAUCGAUGAAUGCGCUUCCAAUCCGUGCAUGAAUGGAACAUGCUUCGACUUGAUUGAUUUCUACAACUGCUCCUGCAUUGCUGGAUAUGAAGGAUACAAUUGUGAGAUUGAUAUCCAGGAGUGUGCAUCCAAUCCUUGUCAGAAUGAAGCUGAGUGCAUUGAGCCAAUGCUGGAUGCGUACCAGUGUGUUUGCCCAAAAGGAACCUCUGGUCUCACCUGUGGCACAGUGGAACAGGCCAGCUUUGCAGGCAAUGGUGCAUUGGAGCUGCCACCCUUGGCCUCCUACACUUUGGGCGUAGGGGGUCAGGGUAGGAAGAGACGGGCUAUCACGCAGAUGCUAGUGACGUUGCAGUUUGUAACGACCAUCCCUAAUGGUGUUCUCUUCUACAAUCAAGGGACCCAGACCAGUGGACGCAUCGACCACCUGGCACUGGAGAUAUACAAGGGCGCCCUCUACGUUUCCAUCAAUGUUGGCUCGGAGACACUGUCAGCAACGUUAGGUCGUGAUCUGAACGACGGCCAGACGCACAAAGUGUCGGUCAGCAUCGUCAACCUCAUUGCCGGUGUUGCCGUGGACGACGGACAAUGCGGUCCAGAAUGCGUGGCCAGUCUGGAGCCCUCUACUGGCGGGGGUGAGCUAGAGUUGAAUGACUUGCUUUACGUUGGUGGCGUCGGCCCUGAUGUGACCCCUUACAUGGUGUCAAAGUUGAAGACUACCAGGAACUUCAUUGGCUGCCUGGAGAAUCUGAACAUCAACAGUGCACUUGUCAGUCUGGCGCCCCCUACUGGCCAGUCCGUACCAACCCUCACUCCGGGCUGUCCUUACUCCGACAACUGCCUCUCCAAUCCCUGCCUGAACGGCGCCCUCUGUGUUGACCUCUGGUCCAACUAUACCUGCGAGUGUCGGGUCGGGUUCACAGGUCGCGACUGCGGCAUACAGACGCUGGCAAGUUUCACGCCGACGAAAUUCCUCCAUUUCGCUUCGGGCGUCGUCCCCGACGGACCAAUCACGAGCCUUCAGUUUGCGUUCAGUGCUGCCAAUGCUCAGCCAGGACUCAUCAUGUACAUGCCGUCAGGUAUUUCCGUAGUCCUGAUAGGCAGACAUACCAUCAAGGUAGCGAUGCUGGUCCUAGGAGGCGUUUCUGCUGCAGAAGCUGGCAUGAAUCUCGCUGACGGUGAUUGGUAUCGAGUCAGGCUAACCAUCAACGGGUUUCAACUCACCGUCCAAGUUACCAAUGAGGCCUCUGGACAGGGGUACACCGGAACUCUCCUAGCCCCACCGUCGAUUCAGCUAAGCUUGCCGCUACUGUUUGGUACGCUUCACUCCAAUCCAACAUUCCAACCACUCAGAGAUUCACUACAAGUCACUCAAAGCUUCACCGGUUGCAUCCGAGAUGUCUACAUCAACGAUGUCAACAUUGAGCUUCAGAGGUCAUCGCCCUAUGAGUCGACCUUUGACCCAGAACUCGCUGACCCUGGUUGCCCUCGUGAGGAGACGUGUUAUCCUCAGCCCUGUGCCAAUGACGGAGAGUGUGUGCCUGGAUGGAGUGGCUUUGAAUGUCAGUGUACGGCUGACUACUUUGGGACAACUUGUGAGGAAGUGAGUGCGUCUACAUUUAACGGCCAGGACAGUAGUCUUCGACUGAUUGUCGACACCCAACUGGUCAGCUUUGGCGAUCAGUUUGGCGUGAGUUUCCGGACCCGCGAUGUGACGGGCGUCAUCAUGCUCAUCAGACUGUUUAGUAAGACCAACACGAGAGUGGAUCAUAUGCUGAUUAGUCUGGAUGAAACAUCGGGAUCGUUGCAGCUUGAAACAAGGUUUGGAAUAGCUGAAAACGUUUUGCCAAUCACUACCAACGCAUCGGAUGCUGAAUGGCAAGAGUUGUCAUGGAUACGUCACCGUGGUAACAUCAUGGUGGACUAUAGAGGGCAGCAGUUGGUGUUAGAAGGAGACUUUCCCAUGCAUACGUCUGAUAGGAGCGAUACAGUGGAGGUGUGGGUGGGUGGACCAACGAACACGGCAACCGGUGGUGUUGCAGCAGCCCAACACCUCCAAGGCUGUAUCCACAAUCUUUAA